CGUAGAUAUUUCACUGUCUAAUCAAACAGUUUUAAAUACAGAAGUUUGAUCACUAAAUAAACUCUACCAGUAUGAUUAUGAGAAUUUGGAAUGUGUAUAUUUUUGCCGCCAUUUUUCAAAUUAGAAAAGUUGAGGAAGAACACAGAAGUUUCCAAAAUGAUACAAGAUAUAUGCGAGGACGAUGUGAGCAUGGUUCCAGACUCUGAUAUCAACUCUAUCCCUACAGACUCUCCACAAGUUCUUAAUUGCUUGACUCGGGCCAUGCUAACAACCCUCCAUGAUGCAGAAUCUCCUGUCAUACCAGUGCUGCCAUCUUUCAAACAACAAAAAAGCAAAUUAUGCAAAGAGUCGAUGUGUAUGCCUCAAGAAACUGAAAUGGACAGUGAGUCUGCAGUGCUUGUUUCCAUGGAAACUACUGGAAUGCGGCUGUUUGGUCAAGCAGAGACAACAGAAGGAAAAAGUAAUGAGCCCUCAACCCGAGACACUCAAAGAGAGAACCACAGAUAGAAAUGCAAUUGAAGCCCUUACAUGUAAUUCCCCUACCCCAAGUUCACCAUUGUGGACAUAUGACAUUGUCCCACCAGUAAUACCCAAUGAUGAUGAUGAAUUAGAUAGUGAGGCCCCUAUUGCUAAGGGUGAGAACAUAAGUGUUUCAACAGCAAGAUCUGAGAGAAUAGAUGACGAAGAUGUGGAAAAAAGUGUUUCAACAGCCGAGUCUGACACUAGAGAUCAGACACUCCAUGAAGAUGCAAGUGAACCCAAUGUUAUCAGACUUAAUAUUGAACAUGAGAAAAAGACUGACCUAAAUAUCAAUCUGAACACUAACAUUGAAAGGAUUGGUGACUCUGACAACGAUUCAGAUAUUACUACUCUAGAAACCCAGGGAAUUAAACCAAGAAGUAAGAAUUUAGGCAUACAUGUAUUUGGAAGGCCUAACAGCUGUAUGGAAAGAGACUUGGACAUCAAAACAUUGGAAACCCAGAGAAACAAAGCCAAAAUGAAUAACCAUUUAUUUAAUAAGAUGAGGUGCACUGAAAAUGAUACAGAAUUUGACUCUGAUGAGACAAGAUUAGAAACUCAGAAAAGUGUUUUAAGAGAUCACCACAUUAAUCGAAACAUCGAAACAAUUCACCAUGUUGAAGAUUCAGAUGCCACAACACUGGACACUCAACUUCUGCAUAGAGCAAAAGCAUAUGAUAACAUGGUUCUGAAAGACCAAGGAAUUAUAGAGGAUAACAAUGGUAUUUAUAAUGAUAGCAUUGAUAACAAUAUCUCUACACAAAACUCCACUGUUUCCAGUAACAUGAAAAUAACACCUACUAGUUUUGACUUCAAAUUCACCCAAGAUUCUGCUGUAUUAAGUAACCAUGGUAACAGAAAGGGAUCCAUAAGCUCUACUGGGUUGGAUUUCUCUGAUAAUGAUUCUGAUGAAACAAGGUUUGAUGCCAGUCAAGUAAUAGUGCAACUAGGUGGAAAUCACUUGGACGCACAACACCCAGGUACUCCACAGACUUGUACAAAUAUGAGUGAAAGUUUAAUCAGCCAAACAAAGAUGGCAGCACUAUCCAUAAAACAAAGAUUCUCAGACAGGCCCAAUGAAAUCGAAAGAAAAGAUGGUCAAUUAUUCCAGACUGGAUAUCAGCCCAAAGAACUAAAAGAUACAGCAGAGCAACAUAGGUCUAAAGUAAGCCCAAUGACACCAGAUGUUGAACUCACCCAAUCAAGUGGAACAACUUCCAGGUCAAGAGGGUCAUCUGACAGGUCAAGGCCAAAGAAGUCCCAAGGUCAAAGGUCGUCUAAUUCCAAAAGUAGAUUAGAAGACAUGGAGAAAAUUGUAAAAGAGCGCCAUAUAAAGAGUAUGGGAAUCCUGAACAAACUGGAAACCAGACUUUCAAAACUUCAAGCUGCAUUUAACACAGGUACAUACAAAGUGGAAGAAUUAAAGUGCCAACUGACUUCCAUACACUUGACUAUAAAGCACAUUGGGGCAGCCAACAAAAAGGAACGAGAGGACAUCAAAGGAGACACAGAUACAAGACCAACUCUUAAGAGACUCCAACUGAAGUUGAUGGCAGAGAGACAUGGGAAAUUAGCUACUGUUGUCAAACAGUUCCAGAAAUUGACUUCACAAUUGAAAAACAAGUCAAUUGCUAAACCGGUAGAAAAAGUAGCAGCAAUUCCAAGAGGUAUUCCUUCAACUAAAGCUGUCAUCCAUCAAGAUGCUGAUGUCAAAGCAAAUGACAAUCAAGCUGAAAACUUUAGCAAAACGAAGAAAAUGCAGAGCAUUGCAAAAGUGAAAACUUUUAUUGCUCCAUUUAAAGAUACAGGAAAAGAUACCCAGAAUGUGAAUUCAAGUAUUCAAACACCCAAUGCACAAUCAUUUGUCACAACAGCACAAUAGCACAAUCAAAUAAACAAGCCAGUAUGAAGGUGCAACCAAUCACUACAUUUCAAACAAUACCAGUGCACUGUCAUUAGCCGCAACAGCAAAACCAGAUGCAAGCGCUCACAGAUCUGCGCAAUCGUUAGAUGCACUGGCACAAUCCAAUGUUGUGACGGUACAUCCAAUUAAGCAAACAGUACCAACACAAUCUAGUGUUACAGUGAACUUACCUACUGGACCUAGGAUAUUUGAUGUGAUAGCAAACAACCCUGAGCUAUAUGAACUGAACUGUUUGACACCAAAUAAAAUCACCAAAACUAAUCUUGUCAGAGCUCCAUUGGAGAAAAUCAGCCAAACACAAUCAACCACAACCAUGCCACCAGGAACAACCAACCUGGCACAAUCAAGCACAACCAAGCCACC